GGCUGAGCUCACGUGCACAGACUCGUCUCUGCCAUGUUGCUGCCUGACUGCUUCACUCAAGGACACUCCAUCUUCAACACACACAGAGCGGAAUGCAGGGAUCACUGCUCCUACUCACCACUCUAUUAGGCUAAUAAUAGCAUAAUAAUAUUUAAUCCGUAAUUGAACAAAGGGACUACACAAAAACCACAUAGGCUUACUGCACUUAAUUGUUCAAGUGUAUACCCUGCAUCUAUAGACAUUAUAGGUUGAAAGGUGAAAAAACAGCAUAGACAAACAUUGUAUUCAUAUUAUUAUAAGCCUUACAUAAGUAUUCAGACCCUUUGCAAUGAGACUUGAAAUUGGUGCAUCCUGUUUCCAUUGAUCAUCCUUGAGAUGUUUCUACAACUUGAUUGGAGUCCACCUGUGGUAAAUUUAAUUGAUUGAACAUGAUUUGGAAGGCACACAAUGUCUGUAUAAGGUCCCACAGUUGACAGUGCAUGUCAGAGCAAAAACCAAGCCAUUAAUUGGAAUGUAUUGUGUGUAGAGCUCCGGCCAGCCAAACUGAGUAAUCGGGGGGAAGGGCCUUGGUCAGGGAGGUGACCAAGAACCCGAUGGUCACUCUGACAGAGCUCCAGAGUUCCUCUGUGGAGAUGGGAGAACCUUCCAGAAGGAAAAACAUCUCUGCAGCACUCCACCAUUCAGGCCUUAUGGUAGAGUGUCCAGGCGGAAGCCACUACUCAGUAAAAGGCACAUGACAGCCCGCUUGGAGUUUGCUAGAAGGAACUUAAAGACUCUCAGAUCACGAGAAACAAGGUUCUCUGGCUUUGGCCUGAAUGCCAAGUGUUACACCUGGAGGAAACCUGGCACCGCUCAGCACCUGACUAAUACCAUCCCUACGGUGAAGCCUAGUGGUGGCAGUAUCAUGCUGUGGGGAUGUUUUUCAGUGGUCAGGACUGAGAGUCUAGUCAGGGUUGAGGGGAAGACGAAUGGAGCAAAGUACAGAGAGAUCCUUGAUGAAAACCUGCUCCAGAGCGCUCAGGACCUCUGUCUGGGGCGAAGGUUCACCCCCCAACAGGACAACAACUCUAUGCACAUAGCCAAGACAAGGCAGGAGUGGCUUCGGGAUAAGUCAUUGAAUUUCCUUGAGUGGCCCUGCCAGAGCUCAAACUUGAACCCAAUCAAACAUCGCUGGAGAGACCUGAAAAUAGCUGUGCAGUGACGCACAGCUAUUUCACCAAGCAAAAACAAAGCAAAAAACUGUUUUUUUCCCAUUAUGGGGUAUUGUGUGUAAAUUGAUGAGGGAAAAAACAAUUUAAUCAAUUUUAAAAUUAGGCUGUAAUGUAACAAAAUGUGGAAAAAGUCAAGGGGUCUGAAUACUUUCCGAAUGCACUGCAUAUGUCCAGCCACCAACUGUGCAAGUUCUCCCACUUAAAAAGAUGAGAGGCCUGUAAUUUUCAUCAUAGGUACACUUCAACCAUGACAGACAACUAUUUCUCCGGCCUCCAUUGAUUUAGUCACCCUAAUUCUGACCAUCAUACAUGCAUAAAAACUCCAAUAACUUUAUUAUCUACACAAUUAAUUCAUUAUUUUACCCAUUCGUCAAAAGAUGCGUUUGGUUGCUGGAUGAGGCUUACGAUAUAAGAGAAGCACAGAGAGGCCAGAAAUAGCCAGACUUAAAAAUAGGGUUAAGAAACCGAAGUUGGGUUUUGGAGAAACGGCAUCAGUGUGUACAGCGGAAGAAGGCACGGCAAAAGAGUGGUGAACGCAUAAACGUGGUCAUGGAAAACGAGGAAGAAGGAGAACAGCCAAAUGCAGUGGGAAGAUGUGUGUUGGGGAAGAAUGGCGCCAAGUAAAAAACGUAUUCUGCUGUCGCUGAUGGCUCAGAAAUGGAACCUGACAAGAGUGAGGAUGAAUUACCUGUGGUGGCAAGUGUUGUGACGACCUCCAAAUCCGAGCCUGAUGGUCAUGCAAAGGGGUAAUGCAUCAGUAGAGAGCCUCCAGCCCGACCCUCCCUCUCUUCAUACCGAGACCCCUCAUCCAGACUGAGACUGUCUCCAGCACCAACACACCACUCCCCUCACCCCACCCUUGCCCCGCCCCACCCAGACAUGGCUGCUUCUAAGGGUGGCUACGAGGGCAAGAUCGCCGGCCUCUACGACCUGGAUCGCACUCUGGGGAAAGGCCACUUCGCCGUGGUCAAGCUGGCCCGCCACGUCUUCACAGGCCAGCUGGUGGCGGUCAAGGUGAUUGACAAGACCAAGUUGGACACCAUGGCAACGGGUCACCUGCUGCAGGAGGUGCGCUGUAUGAAGCUGGUGCAGCACCCCAACGUGGUGCGGCUCUAUGAGGUCAUCGACACCGCCACCAAGCUCUACCUCAUCCUGGAGCUGGGCGAUGGAGGGGACAUGUAUGACUACAUCCUGCGCCACGAGGGUGGAGUGGCCGAGGACACGGCUAAAGUUCACUUCGCCCAGAUCGUCCAGUCCAUCUCCUACUGCCACCGGCUCCAUGUGGUGCACCGAGACCUCAAGCCAGAGAAUGUGGUGUUCUUCAGGCAGCAGGGUACAGUCAAGCUGACCGACUUCGGCUUCAGCAACCUCUUCAAGCCCGGGACCAUGCUGAUGACCAGCUGUGGUUCGCUGGCUUACUCCGCCCCAGAGAUCCUGCUGGGGGAUGAGUAUGACGCUCCGGCUGUAGAUAUUUGGUCACUGGGGGUGAUCCUCUUCAUGCUGGUGUGUGGACAGCCGCCAUUCCAGGAGACCAAUGACAGUGAGACACUCACCAUGAUUAUGGACUGUCGCUACACCGUCCCCACCCAUGUCUCCGCAGACUGUAAAGAUUUGAUCUCCCGUAUGCUGCAGAGGGACCCGUCUAGUCGUACCUCCCUGGAGGAGAUCGAGAACCACCCCUGGCUGCAGGGGGUCAACCCCUCCCCCACAGGGCACAGUGCCGCCCCCCUCACCUCCCACCGCAGCCUGUCCCAGGAGGAACACGAGAUCAUCCUCCACGCCAUGACCAGCGGCAACAUCGCUGACCGCGAUGCCAUCCAACAGGCUCUAGAAGCGGAUCAAUACAACCACAUCACAGCCACGUAUUACCUGCUGGGGGAGCGCAUCCUGAGAGACAAGCAGGAGCAGCCCAGCGAUAUCCCAAAAGUCGACAGUUCGUGGGCUGAACCAUCACAACUCCAGAGGCCGCGGUCUGAGCCCCUGGAUCUGGAGCAGAGGGGGCUCCAUGGCCUGCUGGCUGGCUGUCCCCGCCGAGGGGUGUCUGAUGCUGUGGACUUCCUGACCCACAGGCCACUGCUGCUUCAGCCACAGCCAAGUCGCACAGAGAGCCCCUUCCCUGAGUACAGCACAGAGCCCUACCUGGGGCUCACCCUGCGCCCUUCACCCCCUGACGAACCUCCACAGAUCAAGAGCCUGGGAGCCCUGCAGCUCAUCUGUGAAGAGGAAGAAGAGGAGGAAGAUGAGGCGGAAGAGACAGGAAAACCACUUGUUGGACUUCAUAAUAUUCAAACACUGCCUCAUAUAAUAGGCUUGGUAUCAACCUCUGUGUCUACAGAACAGUCUAGUCCCAUGCUCACAGCUCCAGAGGCUCCACAGAGCCCAGUCAGAGUAGUCCCAGCUCAGGGAGAGGAAACAGGCCUGUUGGCCACCUCAGUGGAGGAGGCACUGGAGACAGAGGGAGGGGAGUGGGACAGGGAGCUGCAGGCCAGGGUUUCUAGCCACAGCAGAGAGAUGGAGCCUGACCAGCUGGCAGCCAUACAGGAACAAGAACAGGGUACGAUGGAGUCAGGGGAGAAGCCCAUGGAGGAAGGAGACAUGUCAUGUGACCAACUGAGGCUAGGUAGUCAUUUGACUUCAGACCAGCCAAUCAAUGGUAGUUCGAUCAGCCCUAAAGCUCACCCUCCAUACCUGCCUCGCCUCGGGGGGGUGCAGUGUUGUUGUGGGCAACAGGAAACUCCCAGCCCAGACAUCAUAGAAGGGGAAGAUGCUAUUCUUAAAAACAACAACACCACAGAGUCCAAGCCUAAGCUCCUGGUGCAGGGUGGGGGGUCCACCCCAGGCGCCUCACCCCGCUUUCUGCCCCAUAACCACUGUGUGGACCUGGGCCCCGACGGGGUGGAGACGACCCGCAAGGUGAGAGGGCCUGGUGGGGAGUCUGAAGGGGACACUCCGGAGGAGCUUCAAUUAGAGAGAUCCCACAAUGCACCACAGGGUCGCCUUGGGCCCAGGGAGACGGGGACCGACCCUACGUUCAGACUGGAUCCUGGAAAGGGGAAGAACGUGAACCUGAGAGACCGCCUGCUGCAGUUCCCUCUCUGUGAGAAGGCCCUGUCCUUCAACAUCCAGCCCACCUCCAAGGAGAAACUUCUGCCCUUCGCCCAGUACAACUGCUGCCAUGUACUGUAGGCAGGGCCACCU